AUGGACCCUAACAAGCCUCAAACUUUACCUUACACUACCCGCUUACAGCGUAUAUACCGCGCCUUUGGCUUCACCAAGGGGUACAGCUUUGUUCUUUGGUUCCUCUUCGGCGGAGCCUUUCUUGCUUUUACACUAUCUCGUUUUAUAUAUCUCGACUUUGACGGGCAACUAUGUCCUAGCGAACCACCAACCAACAGACCAUACGGCUCAAGAGGAGCUGUUCCCGGAGAAUGUUACUAUUAUCGACAUGGUGUUGGCAAGGCUGGUAUAAUCAUGCAUCUAGCUGGUAUUCUCCCGGCAGCUGUCCUGGUGGUCUUUCAGUUUCUGCCGGUUAUUCGACAUAGAGCACUCGUCGUUCAUCGAAUAAAUGGCUAUAUUGUUCUCCUACUGUCAACAGUCGGAAUGAUUGGAGUCUUUAUGAUCGCUAGACACACUUUUGGUGGAACGUUGGAAAUGCAGACUGUCACUGGUGCUGCGAGCAUAUUGUUUGUUACAUGCAUGUUGUUGGCUUAUAUCAACAUCAAGAAGCUCCAACUUGAGCAACACCGAGCAUGGAUGAUCCGAGGGUGGAUUAUUGCGAUCUUGGACUCAAUGUUCUAUCACAACAAACCUGCCGUGGAAGCACUAUACCCCGACUGCAUUGGAUUCUACACGGGUGUAACUCCAGACCAGCGCGUCAUCAUCAAGGGAACAUCGGGUGGACGCCCCGAUGAGAUUGCAGCCAGUCUCAAUAGUGCUUUUGGGGCGAGUGCCUGGCUUGCUCUGCUCAUUCACACCAUCGCUGCGGAGUUGUAUCUUCGACUUACAUCUGCUGAGAGCGAGAGAUUACGAAAGGUAUCUUAUAGGUGGCAGCAAAAUGCCGGGAUGAAGGAUCCGGGCAAUGCUGGGCUGACGGCGCAGAGACUUGGUGAUGCGGAGCCGUGGGUAUGCCCUGAUGAUGACCAGACGCUCUAUGGUGAUGGAGAGAGUUUUAGGUGA